UCUGCUUCCCUCUCCCACCUCUUAACCCCUCUCCUCCUCUUCCCCUCGUUCUCUCUCAUAAGCAGGUUACAAGACAUUUUAUUCUUCAAUGAAAUCCACCUGCUCCUCAUCUCUGUUGUAUUAGAGCGAUAUUUUGGAGCAGGAAUCCCACCAGAACCACCAUGGAGCGCACAGAGGGAAGACUGGCUGUAGCUUUCCUCCUCCUUCUGCCCCUUCUGUCUGUCAGCGGUGUCCACAAUGGAAAGACUACAGUUUCCUGGUGUGUGUUGUCUGACGCUGAAGAGCAGAAGUGUCUGGAUUUGGCCGGGAACGCCACAGCUAUGAACGUUAGAGGAACUUUACUGUGCGUCCGUGGACUGAACACCAGGGACUGCAUGAAUAAAAUUAAGAACGGGACAGCGGAUGCAGCCUCCAUGUUUGCCGAUGACAUCUACGCCGCCGGCCUCUGCCACGGCCUGGAGCUGGCUGCAGGAGAGUCCCACAACGGAGUUGAUGGUCUCAGCUACUACGUGGUGGCGAUGGCGCGCCGUUCCUCCUCAGACCUGUCCCUGCUGGAGAUGCAUGAGCGCAGCUCCUGUCACCCCGGCAUGCGCACCACAGUGGGGUGGACCGUCCCUGUCGGCUACCUGGUCAACACGUCCCAGAUCAGAGUUGGAGAGCAGUGCAACUUCCCCAGAGCCGUCGGCAACUUCUUUGGUUACAGCUGCGUGCCGGGCGUGAAGGACGUCCAGCACGACCCGAGAGGCAACAACCCCAAGAACCUGUGCGAGGCCUGUAUAGGAGACGAGGACGACAGACACAUCUGUGCCAACAACCACAGAGAGCGGCACUACGGGGAAGCAGGAGCCCUGAGGUGUGUGGCAGAGAACCUCGGUGACGUGGCAUUUGUCAAACACACAACAAUCUUUGACAAUCUGGACGGUAAGAACCAGGAGUCCUGGGCCCUGGAUCUGGAGCUGGAGGACCUGAAGCUGCUGUGCCCCGACGGAACCGAGGCCAACCUGGACGAGUUUGGCCGAUGCCACCUGGCAGCCGUGCCGGCUAACGCCGUGGUGGUGCGCAUGGAGGACAAGUGUCGCGUCUGGAAGUACCUGGAGCGUUUACAGAAUGCGUUUGCCAACUCCACCGAAGGCUUCCGCCUGUUCAGCUCAGCAGGCUAUGGUGAAGCCGAUCUGCUCUUUAAUGACGCCACGCACCACCUGCAGAGGGUUCUGGGUAGCUACGCCUCCUGGCUGGGCCCCACAUACACCACCAUGCUGCAGGCCUUCGAGUGUGAGGGCUUCUGCUGAUGGAGCCGGAGGAUAACAUCCAACAUAUCAGCUUCCAACCCAUCCCUCCGUCUCCGUUCUGCCUUCCCUCGCCGCCAUCUGCGCCCCGCUGCUCGCCAUCUUUCCUCAUCUUUGCUUUGUUCUGGUGUUCGUGUCUUCCCCGCAUUUCACCACCCGUUCUCCGAUGUCAUGUCGUUGUCCUCCUUCAACUUGGUGCUCCCCUCUAGCGUGCUGGCUUGCAGGGUAAUCAGCUAGGAAAUACGACAAAUAAAAUAGAUUUUAAGACAACAUUGGGAAGAAAAUGGUGGGAAAUAGAAAAAAGAUAGAAAAAAUAAUUUGAGUUGACACGUUAAAGUUCAUGGUUUCCACAGAUUGUGUGUCUUAAAAAGAUGCAGACUUUAAUGGAAAUACCACAUAAAUAGGAAACAUCUGUUCCAAUAUUGAUUUAUUUAUACAAAAAAUAGUCCCAUUAAAUGUUCCAAUACUGUAUGUUUAACAAGAAACAGUGUUUUGUUGCAUUAAGCUAAGCAUCAGUGCCAUCCAUUCAACCCAAACCCUCUUCCCACAGGGUCCGUCUCUGGCACUGAACAACCCGGUGCUAUUAACUCUGAGCUUAGACGUCUCAGUUACUGUGUGUGUAUUAGUGUGUGAGUGAGUAUAGACUUUUUUUUUCCCACAGCCAUUAUUGCCCUAUAAUCGGCAUGCUGGCGUAUCACACUGAGAAAAAAGUGUGUGUGUGUGUGUGUGUGUGCAUGUGACUGUGUGUUUAUGUGCCUUAUUGUGUUGGUGGGCUUGUAGCGCUGUUCUUCGGAUCACUGCUUUCUCACGUCCGGUAUGGUGGACUGUGCGAUGCCAGCUCACAGUGUGUUGUUACACUAUACCGUCAGGAGAAACUGGAAUAGGGUUUGGGCUAACUAGGGUGCCCCCCCCGAGUGAGUUCAUUUGGUCUAAAAGCUUUGAUAGUUUUCUCGUCUGUGAUAUUUGCAGCCACCAAAACACCCAGUCUGUACUCUUCAUGUCUUCUUGUGUGUCCUGCUUCUACGCCUUAAGGAACAGGUGGACGUCCGCUGCGUUUUUCUCAUCAUUUAUACUUUGCUCAUAAUAGCGAGACCUUGACAACUAAUUACUCAUCGGAGGAUGGUUUUAGAGGAAGAAAUUAGUCAGUGAACUGUGUGAUUUUAUCAAAGAAUCGUUGUGAAGAGAGUAUUGCUGAAUUAAUAAACUUUAAAGAAAUGGUGAUUCUCAAAAAAAUUCAUUUAAUUUUUUGAUAUGUUUAAGGAAGUGCAAUUAAAGAAUCAAAGUUAAGCCUCACUUGACCCACAUCACCACGUACUGUGAAAUGUAUACGGAGUGUAAUUCUGGGCUUCAAUCCUCGUCUCCAUCUUUAUUAUUCGUUUUAAGUUCUGCACCACAGAGCUCAGCAAUAAACCGAAAAACCAGAACAAAGUUCUCCCUGUCAAAAUGUUUUUUUUUACCUCAUCAAAAACCCAACCAGAAUAACAACAGAUACAAAUGCAGGAUGUAUUCCUUCUCUUUGAAAUGAAAUACUGUCACAUUUCAUAAAUGUACGGGUUACAUUUUUGCUUCGGCAAAAAAAAAAACUGUGAAUGUGCAAGAUGAAAUGUGUCACA